AUUCCAAAGCCUUAGCCCUCGCUAUCUCCUUCCGCCUUCAAAUUCCCAAAAGUUUCUCUUCCCAGAUAUCCAUCUAUCAUAGCCGCCAUGCCGUGUUACUGAUGCAGCUCCGCACUAUAAUAGCCCUAAUUCCCUCUAGAGUCGUGAAGAACGGUUGCGCAAGCUCGUUAUCUGCUACUCAUGGCCAGUUGCCGACUCUCUAUUCCUUUCGCGGUUUCCUUCGGCGUUAUCGGAAUCUCCUGAAGUCGCUGAUUGUGUGUCGGUCGUCUGGAGUCUCUCAUGGCGAUUCAGAUUCGUAGGCUCAUAUCUACAAACUGCUUUCAUAGGGAAUUCCAUAAUUGCUCCAUCAUUGCUCCAGCCAUGCUCCAGUUCAAGACAGUACCAAAUUUUCCUUGUUCCUGCAUCUCAUACACACCAAAUGGUUUCAUCAAGAAAUCUGGGAUGGAAAUGCAGAUUAGAACCGCAAAUUGUUUGCAGGCAGUUUGCAGCAAUAGAUGUAGUUAUUCUUUUUGCCUCAGUAAGGACUGGAGAGAUGGCCUCUCUUGUUCUGUUCGGCAAGCUUAUUGUUUCAACUCUAUAUUGGCUGGAGGAAAUAGUUAUAAGACUAGUUUUCCUGCUCAUGGAUUUCUGAGUAAAAGUUCAUUUUCUUCAAUUGAAAAUAAGCUAAAGCCAUCUGCAAAAGCUGAUGGUGUUGGUAAAGAUGUCAUUAAUGGAGAUAGAAAAUCCAAACCUCAAAUUCUUCUUGCGAAGAAGAGGAGGAAGAAAGCUUCAUCUGUUUUAGAUGAAAAUGACACUGAGGUUAUUACCCAGCCUGUUGCAAGAUCUGAAGAAGCAGUAUCUAGUGAGAGGGAGGUUUUGAAAGAUGGUGAAAAUAAAAAAGGUUUAAGUAAGAGCCGUGCUAAAAUUAUAGGCGGCAAGGCUUCUCCGAGGGAAGUCAAGAAUUCUAAUAACAAGAAACAUGAAGAAACUUCUGAACCUUGCUCCUCUUCGACAUCCGUAGAAACCAAAAAACUGAAGAAAGCUUCACGGGUGAAGAAAACAAGAGUUGCUGGUGCGAUUACACAAAAUAAGAGUACAAAUACAUUCAAUGAAGGAGUACAAACUAUGAAUCAGCAAUUGGGGCCUUUAUAUCCUCCUUCUGGGAAAUCAGUUGUGGUUGUGGAGUCCAUGACAAAAGCGAAAGUAAUCCAGGGCUACCUUGGUGAAAAGUAUGAAGUCCUUGCUAGUUAUGGCCAUGUUAGGGACUUGGCUAGAAGGUCUGGAUCUGUACGUCCUGAUGAUAAUUUUAGCUUAGUCUGGGAAGUGCCUUCUAGCGCAUGGACUCAUCUGAAGAGCAUAAAGAUAGCACUGAGCAGUGCAGAAAAUUUAAUAUUAGCCUCUGAUCCCGACCGCGAAGGAGAAGCCAUUGCUUGGCAUAUUAUUGAGAUGUUACGGCUGCAAGACGCCUUAAAUGAGAACAUUACAGUAUCAAGGGUUGUAUUUCAUGAAAUAACUGAGUCAUCCAUAAAAUCUGCUCUACAAACUCCUCGAGAGAUAGACUCAAACUUGGUCAAUGCUUAUCUCGCUCGUCGUGCGCUCGAUUAUCUGAUUGGAUUUAGCAUAUCACCUUUGCUAUGGCGCAAAUUGCCUGGUUGCCAAUCUGCAGGACGAGUCCAAUCUGCGGCUUUGGCUCUGAUAUGUAACAGAGAAACAGAAAUCGAACAGUUUAAACCACAGGAGUAUUGGACCAUAGGAGCUAAAUUCAGUGGCAGUUGUUCAGAUAAUCUCGGUAGAUCUGCAAUUUCUUCGAAUUUAACCCACUUUAACUCUAAAAGGUUAGACCAGCUUUCAAUUAUCUCUAAGACAGAAGCAGAGGCCAUACAAAAGAAGAUUAAUACCUCGAAAUUUGAAGUGUUAGGUUUUAAAAGAAGUGAAGUACAUAGAAAUCCUCCAAUGCCUUAUAUUACAUCAACACUUCAGCAAGAUUCUGCGAACAAAUUGCAUUUUACAGCUGUGCAUACAAUGAAGCUAGCACAGCAGUUGUAUGAGGGGAUAAAGCUAUCAGAUAAGGAGGCUACUGGGUUGAUAACUUACAUGAGAACGGAUGGAAUGCAUAUAUCAAAUGAAGCCGCAGUGGACAUCAAUUCCUUCGUCGGAGAAAGGUAUGGUGGAAAAUUUGCCUCAAAGGGUAUACGGAAGUACUUCAAGAAAGUGAAGAAUGCACAAGAAGCCCAUGAAGCGAUCAGACCUACCGAUAUAAGGAGGUUACCAUCUAGUCUAGCAGGAAUACUUGAUGGCGAUUCCUUGAAGUUGUACAGUCUUAUAUGGUGUAGAACUAUGGCAUGUCAAAUGGAACCUGCCUCAAUUGAUAUGAUUCAAGUUGAUGUCGGAAACAAGGCUGGAGAUGUAAUCCUUAGAUCAGCUGGUUCAAGAACUGGUUUUCUUGGAUUUGAAGCAGUUUAUAAGGAUAAGGAUGCUGGACUCGUAAGUCAUUACAAGGAAGAUGACUCUGAUGAGGCUGCUUUUCUGGCUCUACAAGAACUUAAGGUUAAGGAUUCGUUAUCAUUGGUUAAGGUGGAUCUUAGUCAGCAUUAUACUAAACCGCCUUCACGAUACUCUGAGGGAGCCUUGGUUAAAAAGUUAGAAGAACUUGGAAUUGGGCGACCAUCAACUUAUGCAUCCAUAAUGAAAGUCCUGCAGGAUAGAAGCUAUAUGACAAUGAAAAAUCGAGUUCUUCAUCCUGAAUUUCGUGGUAGAAUGGUCUCAGAAUUCCUUUCCCAUCAUUUUUCAGAAGUUACUAAUUAUAGUUUUACCGCUGAUAUGGAGACUGAGCUUGAUAAUGUUUCUGCCGGUACAACUGAAUGGAAGGGACUUUUGAGAGAUUAUUGGACACGGUUUAUUGAAUAUUGCAACCUAGCAAGCAAUGCUCACAUUCAUCAAGUUGAGAAAAUGUUGGAGGAAAAAUUUGGCCACAUAUUAUUCGCUUCGAUUCCUAAUGAUAGCAGAUUAUGCCCAAGCUGUGAAGAAGGGACAUUGAGAUUUAAAGUUAGCAGAUUUGGGUCUGGCUAUUUUAUUGGCUGUGAUCAGCACCCCAGAUGCAAGUUUAUUGCUGGUGCCCUAUUCAAUGAUGAUGAAGAGAAUAUUGAUACUGAAAAACCAGAGUCAUUCCCUCCUAAAUUGUUAGGUCACAGUCCCAUUUCUAAUGAAAAGAUUUAUUUAAAAAAUGGUCCUUAUGGUCACUAUGUUCAACGGGGGGAGGACAGAACUGGUUGUUCGCCAAAACGGUCUUCAGUUACUGAGGGAACUGACAUUAACUCUAUUACAUUAGAGGAUGCUAUUGAUCUGCUUCAGUAUCCCAUAAAUUUGGGAAACCACCCAGAUGAUGGGCAUCCUAUUUUCCUUAAACACUCGAGGAUUGGCUUCUCAAUCAAGCAUCGGCGGACAGUGUCUCAAGUGCCCAAGAGUAUGAAGCCGAAAUCAAUAACAUUGGCCGCUGCGGUGAAGCUCCUAAAUAGCAAGAACGCUAAGCAAUGUGGUCGGCCGAAAGGUAAACCAAAAUCUGAAGAAUUGGAAGAAGCAGAAGCCUUAUUUGGAUGACUUCAAGCUGCAAUUAUCAGCCAUUUUGGGUUAUUUUGGCUCCAUAAUAGAGGGGAAAAAGCUCAUUUAUUUCAUUUUUCAGGUUAUAUACAGAUUUAUGUACACUCAAAUUUUUGCUGCAUCAUUUCUAUUUAAAAAUAAAUUAUUUGUUUAUUUAUUCAAGU